AUGUCUUCGUCAACCAAAGCGGCCCGCAUGGGCGAGGAAGUAUGGAAAACACGAGUCGAUAAAGUCAGUGCCGAACUAGUCACGCUCACGUACGGAACCAUUGUUGCACAACUAUGCAAAGACUACGAAUACAAUUACCCAGACGUCAACAAGCAACUGGAGCGCAUGGGGUAUAAUAUCGGAAUACGGUUGAUUGAAGACUUCCUCGCAAAGUCGAGUGCGCCUGCUUGCACCAACUUUCGAGAGGUGGCCGAGAUGAUCUCCAAGGUCGGCUUCAAAAUCUUCCUCAAUAUUACCCCAACCAUUACGAACUGGUCGAGCGACAACAAGCAAUUCUCCCUCAUUUUCGAAGAAAACCCGCUUGCCGAUUUUGUCGAGUUACCAGAUGAUGGGCGCGCGCAGGAUGAGUUGUGGUUCUCCAACAUAUUAGUGGGUGUGCUGCGGGGUGCAUUGGAGAUGGUACACAUGCAAGUCGAGGCGCACUUUGUCAGUGACGUCCUACGAGGUAACGACACCACGGAGAUGAGGAUAUCGCUAGUUCGCUACAUUGAUGACGAGAUGCCACCGGAUGAUGAGUAG